AUGAACCCUGUUUUACUGGUAGCUCUCUUUGUGACUGUUUUGUCUCUCCGAGUCGAGAAUGAGUAUUACAGCAAAGGCACAGGAAGUGUGAGUAGUGUUGGUGUCAACAAAGAUUUUUAUUUGUAUUCAGCGGAAGAAGGUCUUCUCACAAAAGUCGACUUCCAAGGGAAUAUGGGGUGGAGGAGACAUAUUGAGAAAGGUGGCAAACACGUAACUGUUGGGCCGCAGCAAGUGUUUGUAGUGUAUGAGAAUCACGUCACGAGUUUUGAUCAAAAAGGAGAAAUGGAGUAUCAGAUUUCUGUCUCAGGGACAUGGUCUAUUUAUACAAACAAUUUGGAAGUACUAGUUGGGGAUGAAGUGUUUAAAUAUGCUACAAGGGAUGGCAGUCUUCUCUCGAAAGUCUCUGUGAACAAUUUAGAUAAACCCGUUGAUGAGUAUUUCCUACAGAAAGAUACCAAAUGUUCCGCAAUGAAUGACCGCUUUUGUUUAAUUAUAGAAGAUGGUAAAGUUCUUAUAACUAAUAGAAUAGGGGAAUUAGUGAAAGAGAUAGAUGGGACUCAAAUAGUAUCGACCUUAUUUUCAAGAGGAAUUCCCUGUUUUAUUCGAAAAAGUGGGAAAGUAUAUGCCGUGUUUAAUAAUGAAGAGAUUUUGAUUAAAAAAGUGAAUGGAUCCGGUCAUUAUUUCUUAUUCACUACAUAUGACGCGUCUGAAUAUUCAGAAGAAAUAGUAACACCAGAAUUAUUAAGUAAAGAAAUGGGAGUUGUGGAUUACAACGGGAAAGUUUUUCUGCAAAACGAAUCCGAGAUUGGAAAAGUGAAAUUGUGCAAAACCAUUCCGGGUGGAUUUGUCGCUAUUUUGGAGAAUAACAAAAUUUUUACCAUUGGCAAAAAUGUUAUUGGGUCGUAUGUAAUUGGUGACCAAGAAGUAUAUAAGAUAUCUGCAGAUGGUGCCAUUGUAAUAAGAAAUUACGAUCAUGAAAAUGUGUUCAAAGUUCAUAGUGAAGAAGUUGUAGGUAACGUUGGGAAAGCAACGAGCGAUAGAGGGGUUAAAAUUCCAUUUUCGUUGAAAUCAGUAAGUGCUGUAGUUUCUCACACCAAAAUAAAUGUGAUUGAAAUGAUUAGUGGGAAAAUCCUCGAAAGUGUGAAUCUUCCAGAAACUGCUGAAAAAACGCGAUGUGUUGUUUUUCAGGGUUUUGUGAUUUGUUUUGUCAAAGUCCAGAAAAACACGCAAAUUUUAUCAAUUGAACUUUUUGAAGAAACCGUUGAUUGGAAGGCCGAAAGUUAUGACGUGUUUAAUCUCCCGAAGAUUUCAACAAUUGUGAAAACAACGAAUCUUCCAUAUAGUGUUGACUUAGCCACAGUUACUGUAUCAACCUUAGGAAUAGCCAACAAAAUGGUAUUAGUCUAUUCUGAAGGACAAUUGUACGUGAUUAAUCCUAAGACUCUUACUGGAACAAAAGCGCCAUUUGAGAUGGUGAAACAAGACCAAGAGAUGGGAGAAGUACCUUAUGUUGCGACAUUGAAUAUCACAAAAGACGAUUUUAUAUUAAAAGGAAUUGACUUAGAUGUCAACCGUGUUGAAACACACCCCGGGGAAUUGGAAUCUGCGACUUAUGUCAUGGCAAGUGGAAACGACUUCUACUUCUCACAGAUCACUCCGUUGUUGUCAUUUGACUCAACGUAUAACUUUAAUAAGCCACAACUCUUCAUCACUACUGUCGUUGUACUUGCACUCACAGUUAUCCUUUACUUCGUCAAUAAGAAAAGAGGAAUGUCAGAUGUUGCACUGGCGCAGAAGAAGCUCACUGAGAUGCAGAAAACCAACUGA